AUGGCAUGUUAUCUUCCUGAUCAUCUUGUUCGAUGUUUAAUAUGUAAAGAUUUGUUUUCUGAUGCACGUCGUCUUCGUUGUGGUUGUGUUUAUUGUUAUUCAUGUUGUUUACAGCUUAUUGAAAAUUAUACAUUGUAUUGUCGCUGUUCAUCUAUACAUCGAUUUAAUUCGCAAGAGGAAAUUGAAAAGUCUUUAGUUAUUGAUAAUGUUGUCAACGAUCUUGUUCGCCAACAUAUCAAGCAAAAACAAAACGCAACAAAGAAAAUCGUUGACUAUGAUUCAAUCUCAAUAUCUUCACAACGAACUGAACAAGAUACAAACCCAAACGAUCAACAUACAUCUAUAUCGGUAUUAUCCCCUAGUCUUCCUUCAACUUCACGUAAACAAGUUGCCGUUGCUCAACCACCCUGUACAAUAUGUAGGAAAAAAUCGAAUAUGAUUAUUCUUUGUGAACAUUGUAAAUCUGAUAUAUGUGAAUUCUGUAUGGAGAAACAUUAUCAAAUUAUAAGUGAUAUGCUUAGUGAUAAAUGGAUACAAUGUAAAGAAAAAUUCAAUCAAAUCAACAGUCAUGUUGCUGUAUCACAUAAAAAUAAAACGAUUGCGGUAUCAAAACUUGAUGCUAUAAGAAAAACUAUUGAAGAAAGAAGUAAAAAUCUAAAACAUAUCAUUGAUAGUCAUCGACAAACAUUAUCAAAUCAUAUUGAUAAUCAUAUUCAAAAUAUGGAACAAAUAAUAAAGGCAAAUGAUGUUUUUAAUGAAUACAAAUCGGUGAAAGACCGCCUUCCGAAAAUUCUUCAAGAAGAAACAAACACAUCAAAUCUAGUCUCGUUUCUCGAAGAAACCGACGCACUUUUACAACAAUUAAUCGAACGUAAUAAAAAGCUAAAAGAACUUGAAACAAAAAUACCUUAUCUAUCUCAACCAGAUUCAAUAUCUAUUAAUCUUAGUCAGUUAAUUGGUGAACUUAAACUCGAUGACUCAUCAUCUCGAGAAGGAUUAUCGUCGUCGACAACAGCAUUAGGAGUCGAUAAUAAUCAUAAUGUGUAUUCCAAUUAUAAUAGUGUACCAUCGUUAAUGUCGGCAACACCUGAACAAACACGUUUUCCUCGUCGCAUGCGAUCAAGUCUUCGAUCAAGAGGUGGCCGUGGCGGCAAUCAACACUUAUCACAUUUAAGCGAAUUUUAUAUUCAAAAUAAAUCUAAUCCACGCAAUAGCCGAUUCAACGGUAGUUAUCGUUCUCGUGGUCGUGGUCGUGGUCGUGCCUACUCACGUUCUCAUCCUCCACCAUUGCGAUCCACUGAAAACGAUUUUAACAUAGUUCCUAAUAAUCAAUAUCGUUGGUCACUUGAUUUCAAAGAAAUUCCCUAUUUUCUUGCCGUACUCGAUAAACGAAAUCGAGCUCGUCUGCCUGAUGCUCGUUCUCAUCAUAAACAUUCUUACAUGUUAUUCAUUGCUGAUGAUUAUGGUCGCAUCGGUGUCUAUAGUCUACCGCAAUCGACUAACUAUGUACAACAACCAUCGAUUAUUGGCACUGGUGAAUUGUUUCCGAAGAACUCGCGUUUACUUAUGGAAUCAUUUACUGUUUAUGAAUUCGCUAUUGUUGUUUAUGUACGUCGUUUUGAACAACGAUCAAAUGAAAUAGAACAUUCGAAAUUAAUCAAAGCUGGUUUACCAAUAAUGAAAGGCGAACAAGGUCGCUAUAAUGAUCAUGGUGGUAUGAUUUAUUUAUUUUCACAUGGUGGCGAUGAAAUCGAUGGUGUUUAUCAAUCACACCCCAUACGAACGAUUCUUGCUGAUCCAAGUGUUGGUCGUCUUUGGGCACUUAAUCCGAUGCAAAAUAAUGUUUAUUGUUAUAUGACACCCAAUCAUAAAGAUGAAAUUCAUAAAUGUUUUCAGGACGAAGAAGUCGUGCUAGAUUUUUUUGAAGAAGACUUCGAACCAACAUCUAUGAUACAAUCAAAUGAAUCCAUUGGUCUUAUUGAUUCAGAACAUGAUUCAUAUCGUUUAUAUGCAAAAGAUGAUCAAUUUCGUUUAAUAACAACUUAUCAAAAUGUGCAUAAUCAACAAUGGAAAUUAACUAAUGGGGUGAUUUUUAAAGAUAAUCGAACUUUACUUAGACUUACAGAAGAUAAAGCUUAUGAUGUUGAUGACUCAAAUGGUAGAACCAAUCGAAAUACAUUUCAUAAUAGUCCACGACGUUGUCUUAUUGAAUUAACUCCUGAUGGACAGGAAAAACGUCAAAUUCAAGCUGAUACACUUUACAGUAUGGUACUCGGAGCGAAUGAUGAGCUUAUUUUGGGCUUUGCUGUACGAGGUGAUCAUGGUGUAAUUCAUUGCUAUUAA